AUGAAUGGAAAGCCGUCGGACCUGUACUGCGGGUAUGGAGUCUGGGUACGGGAGCAGGGGAAAACGGGACCGGAUACAGCACAAAUUCGCCGGUCCGGAAACUCUGCAGAAGGACAGAAGAGACAAUGGAAGGCCGGGUCGUCUGGUUCUCCUGUCUCGCACAAUCGCACCGAUACGGCGCAUGGUGAACUGCAGUGCUUUGCUGCGGCGAGUGGCGUCGUCGCCAUCGAGGCUCAGCCCGUGGUCGUCGAGAAGUCAAGAACCCUGUUUCCGGGUUGUGUUGCCGGUUUUUCAGUGUCUCAGUGGCUGCUUCGACGACUUGCGCAAGACGGUGCAAAGCACACGCCGACAUGCCGUUGGUUGAGGGCGCCCUAA